AUGGAGGUCGGGCGGGCGCAGGUGGUGGCGGGUUCGGCGCCCGGCAGCCACUCUGUAGCCAUCGACAGGCAUUCCCUGGACAAUCAGCGCAUCGUGUUCCGUUUCCCCAGCCCCCUGCCUCGACCACGGGCCACUGUGGUGGUUGACUUCAGCUACACACUUCGCAAUGACACCACUGAUGGGUUUUGGAGGCACUCUUAUGAUGAUGAAAAUGGAAACACACGUUGGAUGGCUGCAACACAACUGGAAGCGACAAGCGCGCGCAAGAUGCUGCCCUGCUUUGAUGAGCCAGACCUAAAGGCGGAAUUCCAGGUCACUUUGACAACACCAUCCGAUGUUGUCGCCCUUUCAAAUAUGCCUGUGGAGUCACAAGAGACCAUGGAAGAAGGGGCAAAAAUGAAGCACAGAUUCUUCAAGACGCCCAAGAUGCCGACAUACCUGUUGGCCAUCGCUGUUGGGGAGUUGCGCAACUCGACAAAGGUGGUGCAAACCAGGGAUGGGGCAAAGGCGAUAAGCGUGUGGUCCACGCCAACAAGGGCGACGGAGACAGCCCGGGCCGUGGAAUUCAUGGCCUCCUCCCUGACGUAUUUCGAGGACCUGUUUGACAUCAGCUACCCCCUCCCCAAGCUGGACUGGGUGGCUGUGCCUGGCUUCGGCGGCGGAGCGAUGGAAAACUGGGGCCUGAUCCUAUCCAGGGAGACGGACAUCCUUGCCUCCGAUGCCUACUCCAGCGCCAUGGACUGGAAACGGACGGCGCAAGUAACUGCACACGAGAUAUCGCACUCGUGGUUUGGCAACCUGGUGACGAUGCGCACCUGGGGUGACCUCUGGCUGAACGAGGGCUUUGCGAAGCACUUUGAGAUGCUGGGGGCGGCAAAUUCCAUGGGCGUGGAUGCGGGCUUCAUGGAAAGGUUUUACCUGCAAGUGGGUCGGCCUGCACUGUGGGCAGACGAGCUACCCUGGUCGAAGGUCCCGCUGUCAAGGGAUGAAGGUGACUGGGAUGGGGACCUGUCCUGCGGGAUGUUGCGGAGGGUCUCUGGGCCACUGAACUACUGGAAGGGUGCUUCGAUCCUUCGCAUGCUCCACACAUAUUUGAUCCGCGACCAUGUGGAGAUGCCACAGCCAGACGAGGAUGCAUUCUUGGUGGCCUUGAGGCUCUAUUUGUCAAGGUUCCAGUUCAACAAUACAGUGACAGCUGACCUGCUGGAUACCCUGCAGGAGUCAACUGGUCAGCCCUUCCGCACGUGGAUGCAUAGGUGGCUCUAUCAUGGGGGCCACCCUGUGGUCAACGUGACUUUGGGAGGGCCCGAUGGGCGCGAUGUCUUCAUCGCCCAGAAGCCCUUUGAUUUGAACGGAGCCCAGCAGUGCGACAGCAGCCACUGGUGGAUCCCUGUGAGGUAUCGUUUCAAGUCUAAGUCGGACUUUGAGUGGAUGCUGCUGGAAGACUGCAAUCCCCUCAAAUUGGGCACCUUACGGGACGAGGACGACACCGUUCUGGUCAAUGCCGAUCGCUUCGGGUUCUACCGUGUGCAGUACGAUCCCCGAAUUGCAGCAAGCCUGCUCUCGAGUGCCAUGUCUACACCAGAAGACGAUGACAGUUUCAGGGUGGGGCCCAUCGACCUGGCAGCCAUGCUGGACGAUGCCUUCGUCCUUGCGAGGUCGAAUGCUCUGCACUUCAACGAAUUCCUCAAUCUGACAACCACCCUCGGCGCCCUCCGCAACACUGGCAGCCCUCUCUACCCUGACAGCUCCCCAUGGGCGGUGGCCCUUCCCCUGCUGCUGAGAACACGCGACCUUCUCACUGGCGCCGCAAACAUACAGCACUGCACCGACCUGCUGGAGGAUUACGUCACUGGCAACGUAACGGUGCCAUUCAUGGCCUCCCUCCCAACGGUCCAGUCGCCUGGCGACCCAAGGGUCGGUCUGGACUUCGUCGUUGGGGAAGACGACAAACUGGACUUCCGGCUGAUGAGGAUGGCAGUGCUGGAGAAUGCAGGGCUUCUGGGGGAUGAAGAGGUGACGAGGAAGGCGCUGCAACUUGAUGGGGGAGGGGGUGUCGACCUCCACCCAGACAUCCAGCGUGUUGUGUACAGCCUUGCUGUUGCCGGAGGGAAUGCGACUGUGUAUAAGAGAAUGAAAUCGAAGUAUCUGGACGCGGAGGAAGUGCACGAAGAGGUCAGGGCCCUCCACGCCCUUACCUACGCACCAAAUGAAGACCUCGUCGCUGACGUCAUCCGUUUCACGAUCUCGGACGCCGUCGAUCCUCAGAACAAGGUGCGGGUCAUUAGCAGAAUGAGCAUCACCGGAGUCUUUGGCGGCCUGCUGGACCGCGGCGCCGCCACCGCCCGGGCGGUCUACAGAUUCUUUAAGGCCGAGCUGGAGGCUAUGGUGGACGCCACUGAUGCCUGCAAGGUGGCCGCCUGGCUGCAGGAUGCCGCGGAUGUAAUGUCAGGCGCAGAGUUCUCUGCAGAUUUGAAUUCCAAGGCCUUCAGCCCCCUCGUCGACGACCAGUCACAGGCGGCGGCCAGCAGGCUUGUGACUUUGAACCAGGACUGGCAGCACAGGUUUGGAGAAUCGACUUGUGGGUGGCUGCAGGAUCGACUCAGUGGUUGA